CCUGUUGCUGUCCACUUGGGGCUGACCAUCUCUUGAGUUAGCUGCUGUUCAUAUCUUAACUUUAGAUCUAAUUUAAACAAGGGCAGAAUGAAUGGGACAGAAGGGAGUAAUUUCUACAUUCCCAUGUCCAAUAGGACUGGGCUUGUGAGAAAUCCUUUUGAGUACACCCAGUACUAUUUAGCAGAACCAUGGAAAUACAAGGCUCUGUCUUUCUACAUGUUUCUACUGAUCAUUUUUGGAUUACCCAUCAAUGUUCUAACCUUGGUGGUUACAGCUCAACACAAGAAACUUCGGCAGCCACUCAACUACAUUUUGGUCAACUUGGCUUUUGCCGGCACAAUUAUGGCCAUCUUUGGAUUUACAGUUUCUUUCUACUGCUCAUUUGUGGGCUACAUGGCUCUAGGUCCGCUUGGCUGCGUAAUGGAGGGUUUUUUCGCAACAAUUGGAGGUCAAGUCUCUCUUUGGUCUCUGGUGGUGCUUGCAGUUGAAAGGUACAUCGUGGUGUGCAAGCCAAUGGGGAGUUUCAAAUUUUCUUCAAACCAUGCGGUAGCAGGCAUUGCUUUCACGUGGAUUAUGGCCAGUAGCUGUGCAGUGCCCCCACUCUUGGGCUGGUCCAGGUAUAUUCCAGAGGGGAUGCAGACUUCAUGUGGACCAGAUUACUACACGUUGAAUCCUGAAUACAACAAUGAAUCUUACGUCUUGUACAUGUUCAGCUGCCAUUUUUGUAUACCUGUAACCACAAUUUUCUUUACCUAUGGCAAUCUGGUCUGCACAGUCAAGGCUGCAGCAGCUCAACAGCAGGACUCAGCGUCCACCCAGAAAGCUGAGAAGGAAGUGACACGUAUGGUCAUCAUGAUGGUUUUGGGCUUCUUGUUAGCUUGGGUUCCCUAUGCUAGCUUUGCUGCCUGGAUCUUUUUCAACAGGGGGGCUGCCUUCUCGGCCCAAGCUAUGGCUGUUCCUGCCUUUUUCUCCAAGACUUCAGCCUUGUUUAACCCCAUCAUAUAUGUGCUUCUCAAUAAACAGUUCCGUAGCUGCAUGCUGAACACCCUUUUCUGUGGCAAGAGCCCUCUUGGUGAUGAGGAGUCCUCGGUGUCGACAAGCAAAACAGAGGUGUCUUCAGUGUCUCCGGCAUAGAUUAAUCCUCCUAUCUGCUUACUCUGCGCACCAUCAUACAAAUGGAAUGAGUUCACAGACAUGCAGCGUAUCGCUGACCAAAUGGCUAAAUGGGCAAUUUUCAAGACCAUACACAUCCAUUUUAUGGCAUUUAAUCAAUAUCAUUCAAGAAUGACUGGUUCUAAAGUUAAAGAAAAAUGUUAUUUACUGGAUGGAUGGAUUAAUCUACUCCUCUAAUUUGGUGGAUUUUCUUUCAAUAAAACAUAUUUGAACUCGCAUGCAAAGUGUUUUGCACAAUAUCCUGUCUACCCAUGUACCAAUAUCAUUUCUGUUCUGUGUUCUGAAUGAGGUCAUAUAUAUAUAUAUAUAUAUAUAUAUAUAUAUAUAUAUUGUCAUUCUAUUGUCUGUACUUCAUGAACUUUUCUGGCUUGAUCAGGUCAGUUUCUGUAAAUAUUUUAUAAACUGAUUAGUAUAUUUAAAUAAAAGCAUGCAUUCAAAAUUUG